AUGAUGGCAGAAGGAGAUAAUCGCAGCACCAACCUGCUGGCUGCAGAGACUGCAAGUCUGGAAGAGCAGCUUCAAGGAUGGGGAGAAGUGAUGCUAAUGGCAGAUAAAGUCCUCCGAUGGGAAAGAGCCUGGUUUCCACCUGCCAUCAUGGGUGUGGUUUCUUUGGUGUUUCUGACUAUCUACUAUCUAGAUCCAUCUGUUCUGUCAGGUGUUUCCUGUUUUGUUAUGUUUCUGUGCUUGGCUGACUACCUUGUUCCCAUUCUAGCACCUAGAAUUUUUGGCUCCAAUAAAUGGACCACUGAGCAACAGCAGUGGUUCCAUGAAAUUUGCAGCAAUCUAGUCAAAACUCGACGCAGAGCUGUGGGCUGGUGGAAACGCCUCUUUACGCUAAAGGAAGAAAAGCCUAAAACGUACUUCAUGACCAUGAUCAUUUCUCUUGCUGCGGUUGCUUGGGUGGGACAGCAAGUCCACAACAUCUGUCUCUCCUACCUGAUAGUGACUUUCUUACUCUUGCUUUCUGGACUAAACCAACACGGAAUCAUUUCGAAGUACAUGGGAAUGGCCAAAAGAGAGAGAAACAAGCUUCUCAAACAAAAAGAAAAGAAAAAUGAAUAA